AUCUGAUGGACCUCUCUGUCUCUCUCUGUCUGUCUCUCUCUUACUCUUAUUUAUAAUAUUCAUAGUGACUUAGACAGAAUGAGAAUAAUCAGGUUUAUGUUAGAUUCUUCUAUAUAUCGGUUUUAUAGCCGUAGCUAAGUAUAUGGAACUUUAGCGUGGCAUUUUUGUGCACUACAUUAUAAUGAUAUACAUGUAUACAAAUUGUAUUCGCUCUAAGAAUAUCAGCUAAAGAAAAAUCAAUAAGCAUGAUCGUCAUUAGUUUAUUUUUGUAUCAUGCAUAAUUAUAUACAAACCUUUUUAUUCAUGGACCACAUACUAGGUUUUUAUCAGUGUAUACAAGAGCGAAUUCAAGUGUUUUUUUUUCUUCUUCGAAAACCGGAUUUGACACAAAUUCAAUAUCUUUAUAUUAUCACUUGAACAAACAUAUGCGAUGCAAUUGUUUUCUUUUAUUUUUUCUGGCUAAACAAUGCAUACUACUGAAAGACGCUUUAAUUUCAGUGUAAAAUUUACAGAUAAUUAACAGGAAAAAUUGCGUAUUGACACAUUUCAAAUAUAUCACGUUUGUAUAUCAUUUAGCCAAUGACUUGAUUUCAUAUUUUAUUAUGCAACGAUCAUUUUCGGGAAACCAAUAAGAAAGGAUUAGUUUAAAUACCAGAGAUCAAAGCUGUAAUACGUUUUUGAAAAUAAAUACUGUCAAGUUCUAAAAAUAACGCAAGUAUAUCAUUUAAAUUUAUCGAUAUGUAGAUAAACCAAGUGUUUACUGAAAACGUUGAUAAAUCAGUUAUUUGGCGAUUGGGACGUUAAAUCAAUUGUAUUAUACAAGGUGUUGGCAGGAAACGAGAGAAUGAAUGCUGAAGGAAUCAGGAAUAACAGUGACGAAACGCCAGAGAGUAAAAACAACACAGAGAAAGUCAGUGGUGACGAAUUCCUUGAAGUGAAAACGGAAAUGUUAAGUGAUAGAAUUUUACGGUACGACAGAGACUUCCUUCUACAGUUUGAACAAGACAAAGGUGUAUCUACAAUGCCUAUAACUCUACCAGUAAUACCUGAUAUAUUCCCAAAUAAAAGUACUAAGCAGACUAAAUAUAAGCAUUGCAGAGACAAAGAGUCGAGACAGAAAAUUAUAGAGCAUGAUAUGGAAAGAGAAACGUUUGAUGAUACAGAAGAUACGUCAUUUUCGGGACGACAUUCGAGCUCGACAGAAUCGGAGAAUCAGGGACCGGCAGACACAUUCGAGUACAACGAUACCUGCUAUAUUGUUGUCGACUUCGAUGGAAUAAAUGAUGAUUCCAUUGAAGAUAAUAAGACUCCUAUAGAAACUCUACCCUCAAAUACUGGAGCGUUGUCUGAGUAUGAAUCGGAGGGAAAUGAUAAAGAUAAGAAAGCAAAAGAACACUAUAUGACGAGUGACCAUAGGAAAGAUAGGAAGAGAUAUUCUGAAACUAAUAACGCGAAGCUAGAAUCCCAUCAUAAACGUAGACGGUCAUCAUCACAUGGACAUGAUGAAAGCGACAGAAUUAAAUCCUCUUCAAAUAGCAGAAGCCAUAACUUUAGUUAUAGACAUAAGAGGAAUGCUAGUAUCAGAAAACAAAAACGUUUCAUAGAUAGGCACUAUGAGAAGUCACCAGGAUAUAAAAGUAAGGUUGAUUUACAUGAUGCUUUUCAGAGCAUGUCACAUUAUAGGUGUGAAGUUGUUGGCGAAAAGCGCAUCACACAAGGCCAAGGUAGUUAUAAAGGAAAGGAAGAUGUCAACAAUAAGCAAUCAGAACACAUUCGUCCAAUUCUAUAUGAAAAUGGAGUAUGUAUAAAACCUGAGUCAGAUGACGCUAGAAAUGAAGUGCAAGAUCUACAGUUAUCACCAGUGAGUGAGCGGGCUUUGUCACCAUACGCUGACUUUACAGGAUUCUUUAAUAAUGAAGAAAAGCAUACAAAUGGUUUAAAAACUGAAAGAAAUUGUCUUAAUGAAGUUAAAUAUCUCCAAAAUAAAGAAACUGAGAUUGGAAGCACACGAAAUGAACAGUGCGAGAACGGAAAUAAUCUUACUACAGGACAAAACCCACCGACCAAUUAUGAAAAUAAUAACUUUUUAAAAAACGCACCUAUACCUUACAGUGUAACCCCGUAUGGUUACAACAACAUUCAACAGGCGUACUGCAGGAUGCCGUUUCAAACACAACCUGUCUUCCAAUACAGAAAUCCAGCUCCUAUAUACCCAGUUCCAAAUGCUUAUUGUGUGUCACCCUUUGUUCCGAAUAUCCAAGAUCCAAAUAGAAGCAAUAGCUACAGCAAUUUUAAAGGCAGGGGUCAACAAAAUCAAAAUAAUAUUGUGAUAAAGGAACCAACAUCAGUUCAAUGUGGCAAAAACGAGUAUUACUGGAUAUCGCCUGAAACCGUGGAUUCACUACCAUUAAAAGUAAAGAAGAAGAUAGUUUCCACCGUGUACCGAGUAAUGGUUGAGGGAGAAGAUUUGGAAUUUUCUCCUGUUAACAUUUUGAGUAUGAUGAAACAAAGUAGCCCAGUUAAAGUUGGGUUUGCCACGGAGGAUACAUUGCUUGAUCUUUUGAAACGCAAUGAAGAUAAAUUCUUAUUUCAGAAACGUACGCAUAUGAUAUCGCCUAAAACAAAUAUCAACCUUUGUCCCACAUUCACAAAUAACCCUUAUAGUAAGCACGAAUGUAUGGAUUUACAUAUAUGUAAAUAUCACCUCCUUGGAUGUUGCACAGUGGAGAAGUGCAAAUUCAGUCACAAGCUGAACUCCAAUCACAACGUUAAAGUACUUAAAUCUUAUGACCUUUGGAAAAUCGAUGAGAGGCAUAUUAAAAGAUUACUGCAGAAUCUAAACAAUAGAAACAUUUCAACUACACCACUUGUGUGCAAGUUUUACAAUAAUGAAGGAGGUUGUCAAAAGGGAGAAUUUUGUAUGCAUUUACAUGUUUGUACACAUUUCAUCAAUGAUGAUUGUAUGUUUCAAUCAAAAUGCAAAAGAUUGCAUGAUCUUAAUAACCAACAGGUGAGGAAUGUCCUAGAAAAACAUGGGAUAUUUCCAGAGAAAUCAAACUUUGACAAAAUUCGAAACCUGAUUAAAGCAACAUUGGCUGACGGAGGAGUUAAACUGAAAAGGGAGCUUUCAACAUACCAAAAAUCUAAAGAAGAAAAAGUCAUAAAUAGUAAAACAAUCAACCAUUGUUCAACUUUACCAAAGAUUCGUUCAUCAGGAACAUAUGAGAAUUCAAAAUUAUCAAAAGACAUACGAAUCAAUAGUAAAAACAAAAAUAUAGAUAUGCAAGACACAGGGUCAAUCUGCUCGGACAAACUCCCUCAAAAACCAAAAGACACAAUACAGUCAAAGGGUUCUGAAUUUGAGAUGAGUUCAUUGCCAGAUUUCAUAUCUUUAGACACUUCGGAAAACGAUGUUGUCAUGUCAAGUUGCUCUAAAACUAACGUAUCAGAAUCUUCAAUGAAGGGAGUAAUAGGUACGUCUGGAGAUGAUCUAGAGCUAAUGGAAAAUAUGUCGGAAAACGAUCAAUUUAGAAUUACAGACACAAGUUCAUCAAAUAGAACAAAAAUCAAAACAUCAUCUUCUGGAAAACCAAUUUUACCCAAAUGGAAAUCAUUGAAUCACAGGACCGAAGAUAACACUGUAGUUGAUACAAAUAAAAUAACUGACAAAGAUUCUAUUGAGAAGGCAAUAGAUGACAUUAUUCAAAGUGAGGCUGAUUCUGAUAAAGAAUCAGUAGAAAGCAAACAGAAAAAUAACAAUUCCAAUUUGAAUAUGAAUUCAGACGAGGAAAAAACAGACGAAACAAACAACCUCCAACAACUUGACAUUAAAAUUAUUGAAUCUACUAAUGGUAAUACAGAGUAUUGUAAACUGGUCGAUAACGAGUUGCAGACCAAUCCAAUGACUCAAUGUAAAGCAUCGCUAGAUAUUAAAUUUGAAAUUACAAGUGGAACAGCUGGGGGAUAUCGUGUAAGAAAAAAUGGUGACAGCUGGCAAAUGCAGGUAAAAACAAAAAUUGGGACGGACAAUGAAGUAACGGAUGUACAUGGAGAGCAAAUUUGGAAAAACAUGCAAGAAGACGAAUCAGAAAGGCUGAACAAUAUAUAUUCUAUUUUCAAUGAUGUGAUUGAAACUAUAGAAAAUAAAAAGCUAUAUGGGGAGAAAGAUAUUGCGCUGUACAGCGAUGAAAAAUUAUAAGUAAGGACCUUUAUUGAUAGCUAAGGGAGCAUGCAUUUUGUAAUCUUUAUUCCAUGUUUCCAUGCCUUGUCUACUUUAGGGCAUCUUGUUUUGAUUUGUUUAAACACUUUUAUAAUGUCUUAUUAAAUUGUCUUUGGCUAAAUUCAAAAGUAUACUGUCUAAUAUCAUUUGAAGUAGCCCUCACGUGGAAGGGAAGUGAAAGGCAAUUUAAAUACCAACGUUGCAUUUAAAGAUAGAUAUGUUAGUCAUCCAUUUAAUUAUUCAUCCAACAUUCCAAAUAUAUUUGCAUUAUUUGCUAUAUAAAUGAUGAGCAUAGGUGACAUUGCAUUGCCUAUUAAUAAGUGUUUAAAAUAGUGUUCAAUAUUCUUAUAUUGUAACUGCAACCAAUAUUUACUUAUUUGCAUCGAUGUUAAGUAUAUUUAACAACUUGCUAAAAAAAUCGAAACAUUACCAAAACUAUUAGCUUCUUAUCUAUUUGGUUCUACAGGUACAAAGAUAUAUCAGCAUAAUUAAACUGUCCAAAGAACCGCUUAUAAUUAUUUCAGGGUUUUUUUAAAAAUCAUAUACUAACAUAAUUAUUUUCUUCCCUAUAAUAAUAUCAGAAUUAGAAUAAUUUGUGAUAAAUGCAAUGGACGUUUGACUAACAUCAUUUUGUGCGCCUUUAAUACCUACUAUUUAUGUCAUUAACUUAUUAAUUUAUGUCACGUUUUUACUUUACAUAUAGUAUUACAUCUAACUUUUAUUACAAUAGUUUUCUAUUCUAGGUAUUCUACAAACAAAAUCAUUUUUCAUAUUACUACAUAUAAUGUGAUAAUUCAAUUAGUGAAAAUGUGCAGGUAUCUUGCACAAUUUUCUUCGAUAUGAUUUGCGGAUUAGAUCAUACCUUUUUUCAAUAAAAAUGCAUCUUUUUAAACAUAUUAUAUAUUUAAGUUGAAUGUUUAUUUCAAGAUCGUGGCGAAAUUAAAUCCUUGAAAUUUUGAUAAUUGCACAAUGUUACAAAUUAUUAAAAAUUGUUUUAUAUGAUACAUUUUUAUGUACAGUCAUAGCUUUAUUUCAGCAUAAACAUGUGUGAUGUAUUAAUAACUAAACAUUUUCAUGCAAACUUCAAACUUAUAAAACUAAAACCAAAUAUCAGACACAGCAUAAACUAUAUAGUUAUAUAUCUGGAACAAAGUCAACAAAGAUCGGGCAACAUUGACUGUAUCUGGAAAAAAUUCAGGCGGAAUCAGACGAGAUUCCAUGCAUCUGGAACACAUUUAGGUGGAAUAAGACGACAUUCAAAGUACAGUUUUAUUUGAAACAUAUACAGGCAAGAAAAGACACCAAUCCAUGUUCCUGAAACAAAUACAGUCGAGUGCAGGCAACAAAAUCUGGAAAAUGUUCCGAAGAAAUAAGCUCUGAAGCAUGCUCUGGAGGAAUCAAACAAUACAGGAGAAGCUGAUUGUCAGCCUAAGCAUGACAUCUAGACUUGUUAUCGUGUAAACAUUGCUUAAAAGCCCAAUAAUGCUUUUGCUUGUAUUUUUAUUUCACAAAUUUUAAAGCUUUUUAAUGUUGGUGCAUUUUUAUUUUAUCCACAAAGUUACACUUUGGACAAUUAUCUCAACCAUCUUUUUUUCAUCGGUUGCUUGUUGGCAAUAAGUACUAUUAUAGUGAUUUAGUAUUUUGUACGGAAAUCAAAAUACUACUUUGAUUACAUUUUGCUACUUUUGUGACAAAUUGUUUCACAUUUUAUGGCCUUUUCGUCAGGUAACAAUUAUCUAAUAUUCUCUAAACCAUUAUUUCAACAUUAUCAAAUUCAUGUUUGCCCUUGCUAAAGAAGUAAACGUUUAUUUGUCUCUGAGGCAUAAUGUGCCUUUAAAACUUUUUCUAAAAUGAUUUUCCAUUUUUUUGUACUUACAUGUCAUUACUUACUACAAUUACAUGUUCAAUAAAAUCUAACUGUGAUUAAA